AUGACUACACCAAUCUCUCAAAGCCUACAAGGUUUUGACAUCAGUCAGUUGCCCAUGUUACUUGAGCACAUUCAGCAGCAACUUGCCUCAGUUCAGGAGAAAGUACAUGAACAUGACCACCUCUUGGAGCGUAUGAACAAGUUAGAAGAGGAAAACCAAGCCCUAAAAAAAAAUCUUUUGGCCAAGGACCUGGUAAUUCAAGAAUUACAGGGCCAACUAUCACGUGGAACUACUCAAGCCCCUACACCUGAGGUAGAUCAGGAACGUCCGUUCAUCUCUCAGGUCGUACAGUCCCAAGAUCCUGCUACUACUGCUAGUACCACUAUUGCUACCGAUACUGCCACUAAAGGUAGUUAUCUCUCUGCUGCUCGCUCUGGAGCUAAACGCCCCGAUCCUGUUCGUACAGCCAAACGCCGUCUUGCUGCUGGCCGUCUCUUCCAAUCUGCUGCUGUUAAGGGCCAACAGGGAUACCAAUAUGUCUACCUUGGUAGAUCUGGUAAGAUCCAGCGCUCUGAGGUUCGUGCUACCCUCCGUAAGGUUGGUGUUGAUACUGGUCGUGUUCUCGACAUUUGUUUCCCUGCUUCUGGUGUUAUUGGAGUUCUGGUCCAUAUCCAAUAUGUCGACACUUUUCUUGCUUACAUGCACAAGUGCGAAGCUGAGCUCAUCGAGAAUUUUGAGCCUCUGGAUCCCAAACACAUUGCUGAUCCCCAAUAUGCAAACCUUGCUAUUGCGGAUCGAGAACAACUGAUCUACGAGUUUACAAACACUCGUGCUCUGCAAACUCUUUCCUUCCUUCGUCCUCUCAAUGUCAGUGGUGUUGGAAAAUACUUUGUCUCUGCUGGAUGGAUUUCCCAAGAGGAACUUGAUACAGCUGUUUCCGAAGCCAUGGGCCGCCUUGCUGAAAAAGAACCCAAGAAGGCUCAAUUCUUGCUCAAGCUUGUGCACGAUGUCCUCUCACAUGUAUUGGAUACGCAUGUUCUCGUUGUCACUGAAACUUGGCUUCUAUCUGGUUCUUUCCCUUCCGACUGGUCUCAAUUCCAUCUAUAUGGCACAAAAGUACCUGGCGCUUUUGGCCGUGGUUCUGGUGGUGUUACAGCCUUUGUCUCUCCUUCCUGUCCUUUCUCUGUCUCUCAACUCCCGUCUUACAAUCCUCACACUCUGUCCCUUAAGGUUGGCACCCUUACGGUUCAUUGUGUGUAUCUGCCUCCACCCUUAUCCUCGGAUAAGGUGCUCUCGCUCCUUCGCUCGUUACCUAUAACUAGUGAUACCAUCCUUUGUGGUGAUUUCAAUGCUCGCUUUGGAUCUCUACUAGGUGAUACUACUGCUAAUCCCCGUGGUAACUCUCUACUACCAUGGAUUGAGGAGGCUUCGUUGUCGAUCCUCAAUGAGUCUCUAGCUUAUGGUACACCCACCUUUACAACAUUUCGGCGACAACAAGAGGUACACAGCAUCAUUGAUCUGUUCCUUACCAACAUUGGCGAGACGGCUAUGUUGAAUUCUCAACUGGUGGUUGACUCUGAUCUGUCCCUUGGUUCUGAUCAUCGGCUGAUGGUACUUACUUUCGAGUAUGUGCCCCCUCCCGAUGAUACUCUUGGUUCUGGUAACUCUGGUGGUUUGGCCCCUAGACGACAAUGGAAGCUCUCGAAAUUGAGGAAAAAGCGGCCAUUGGGCUUGCUUCGUGAAUCCUUUCAAUCUUCUGUUGCUCCUUUGGUUGAUUCUCUCUCUGGUUUGGUCUCUGCUCCUGAUGGAGUUCGUCCUGAUAUUGAUGCACUCAAUGAUUCUCUGAAUUGUUGUUUGUAUGAAUCUCUUGACGGGUCAAUUGGUGUGAAAUCUGGUCGCCCUGGUCACUGGAAAAAGUACUGGACACAAGAAAUUGAAGAUGCAGCUCGUGAAAGAGAUGCCUCAUAUAGUCGAUGGCGAUGGGCAAGUGGCUUUGCCAAAGUUGAAACAUGGGGUAUAUAUCAAACUGCUCUUAGACGUUUUCGCUCUCUGAUACAGGCUGCCAAAAGAAAGUCGUGGAACACAUUCUGCUCUAAUCUGGAAAAGGAUUUCUCUAAAGCUACUGCUGCUAUCAAACGCAUAAAGCGAAACAAAGAAUCCUCUGCUACUUAUAGCCAUCCAGAUGGUCCAGCUGCUUCAGUAACAGCAAUGGCAUCACAUCUUGCAUCUGUAUACAAUGGUACACUCCUUAACUCUGCUUCUCGUCCUGUUGCUCCUGAACCGAAUGUAUCGGAUCUACCCUACAAUGAUCCCUCUGUUACAAAUCUGUUUGAUGCUGAUACUAUUGUCUCUCUGAUUAAGCGAUUGCCAAAUGGAAAAGCUCCUGGUCCUGAUCAUCUGAAAGCUGAAAUGCUGAAGGCUCUAGCAUCUGACAUUGCACCCGUAUUGUCUCUGCUAUUUACGCUUUGCUCUCAAUGGUCGUACACUCCUGUAUUGUGGCGUCAUGCUCAGGUCUUUCCCAUUUACAAGAAAGGUGAUGUAUCUGAUCCUGCAAACUUUCGUCCAAUUUCGCUCACUUCGGUGAUGCGUAAAUUGUUUGAAUUUUCAUUGAUGCCUGCUCUUGAUGAACAUUCGCCUGCACUUGAUGUUGCUCAAGGUGGUUUUCGUCCACAACGUAGUCCUCUGGAUCAAGCCCUCUGUUUACAUGACUUGAUGCACGACUACUUCCUCACUCAUCACCACUAUCCUGUUGUAGCCUUUCUGGACAUCAAAUCUGCAUACGAUACAGUGGAUCGCAACGUUAUUUGGGAUGCUCUUGCUCAUUCUUCACUACCUCGUCCAAUCCUUAGUUUAUUGAUCAAUAUGUUCGAUGAUGUACUAGUCUCUGUACUGAUUGCAAACCACAACUCUGACCCUUUUUCGCCUGCUACUGGUGUACUCCAAGGUUCAGUGCUCAGUCCGCACUUGUACUCUCUGUACAUCAACUCUCUGCCUGCUGUUCUUCGUGCUGCUGUCAACCGUGGUACUAUGGUAUCUCCACCCGGAAUGCAUCCUGUUCAUAUCAAUAGUUUACUCUUUGCUGAUGAUGUGGCCAUAUUUGGCUCUCGUACUGAUGUGCAAACCAUGUUGGAUGUCGCUUCAGAUCACUCGUUCUCUCUUGGCUACAGAUGGAAACCAUCAAAAUGUGCUGUACUUUGUGCUCCCACUGCCUCUACUCGUCAUCCAUUGUCCCUAUACGGUGAACCUCUUCCUGUGGUAGAGGAAUUCACGUAUCUUGGUAUGCCGUUUAGAUAUAAAGGUCUGUAUGCCCCUGGGAUUCUCAAUCUGCGUGCUUCUGGUGCUAUCAAGACAAUGGCAUUGUUGAAUUCGGUUGGUGUCAAUCGAAAUGGUUUUUCUCUGUUGCUUUGUGCUCGUUUGUAUAAAAGCUUUAUUCGACCCAAGCUGGAAUACGGCUUAGCAAUAUCGCAUCUCUCUUUCCGUGACUUCAAGGCUCUUGAUGCUCUGCAAAAUCGAUUGGUUGGUAUGUUUGUUGGUAGUACAUGGUACAAUGUUGCCAAACAUUUGACCUGUAUUCCCAGCAUGAAGCAUCGAUAUAAUGUCCUGGCAACACGUUAUGCUCUUCGUGCUGAUACUCUCCCUGAUGAUUGCUUGUUGGUUCUGCUUCGUCGUGGAUUACUGUACACUCGUCUAGACAGAUUUAUUUGUCAAAACCCGUUGUAUCUGACACUACCUGAUCCGCCGCCAUUCACCACUGCUGGUCUUACUGAAGUCUUUGAUUCGUAUUGGCAAGAUCAAGUAGAUCAUCAACUUGCUGCUGCUGCUGUUUCUGGUACCCAGACCCUCCUCCGUGCUUGUCGUCGUUCUGUAUCUCGUCCAGAUCCCAUUUUGUACCUACCAAUUGGUCGAUCUGCUCGAAGUCGCCUUGUUCGCUGGCGUCUUGGACGUUUCACAAACAUGCGUGAAGAGUGUCCGUGCGUGAUGGGUGAUUUUAUAUCUCGAAAUCACUUUCUGACAUGCCGUGCUCUGGAUCGAACACUUCUCGAUGCUCUGCCUGUGGCUCCUCCUGGUAUUCAUCGUAUAGACUAUGCCCUUAAUUGCUUACCUGUGAAAGCCUCUGAUGGUCCUCCAUCUUAUUGGUCUGCUUUGCUUGCUCUGCUUCAUGCCAUUGAUUGUUUAGUGCAUCCGCUGGCUGUCAUCCCUGCUGAUCUUGAUUCAGGGUUGUUAUGGUUCUCUGCUAGAUAG